CGACAGCGGACUGACUGAGGAAUAAAAUUGAACGUCGACGUCGCGCUGCUUGUUCCUCGCAGAAGUGCAAAUCAAAAUAAAAACAAAUACAAGAAAACGACAAAGGGUGCGUGCGCGCCAAUUAUUAAAGAACAAUUAACAAACGAAAGAAACAAAGUGAGUUUUAGUCCAAAGUGUAUGAAAUUCAGUGGCUAAACCAAACAAUUAAUACACAUACAUACAUCUAUACAAAGGCAUAUACAUUGAGUAUAUUUCUUUCUAAUACGGCCUGUGUUUGUGUUUCUCUCAGUGCACACACUUAGUGCAGCCAUUGAAAUGGAUAAACUGGAUGCGAAUCUUGAGCAGCAGUUUGAUCUUAAUCUGAUUGAGGCUGUCAAAAUGAAUCCCGUUAUAUACGAUCGCUCACAUUACAAUUACAAGCACUUUGUGCGUAAGGCGCAAACCUGGAAGCAAAUCGCCGAGACACUUGGCGUUAGCGAACAAAAAUGCACAAAACGUUGGAAAAGCUUGCGUGAUAAAUUUGCACGCGAAAUGAAAUUAUGCCAGGAAUCGCGCUGGCGCUAUUUUAAGCAAAUGCAAUUUCUAGUUGACUCUAUCAGGCAAUACCGUGAAUCAUUGCUUGGAAAAUGCGCCAACGGCAGUCAGGGUCAGGUGUCUGAUCCCUCGCAACAACAGCAGGCACAGCAACAAACUGUUGUGGAUAUAUUCGCUCAGCCUUUUAAUGGAAGCGCCACAACCUCGGCUCAGGCACUAACACAUCCGCAUGAAAUUACUGUGACUGGAGAUGCGCAACUGGCCACCGCCGUAGGCAAGGAUCAGAAGCCAUAUUUCUAUGAGCCUCCAUUGAAACGAGAGCGCAGCGAGGAGGAGCAUAACGAUAAUAUGCUAAACACCAUCAAGAUAUUUCAAAACAAUGUCUCACAGGCCGUCAGUGCUGAGGAUCAAUCGUUUGGCAUGGUUGUCACCGAUAUGCUCAACACGCUGGGCGUGCGACAAAAGGCCGAAGCCAAGGUGCACAUUAUUAAGUAUCUGACGGAUAUGCAGCUGCUGGCCCAGCAUAACAAAUACUAACUGUCGAGCUAUGGGGGCUCAAUAGUUACGCUAGGCAGCUACAUACAACAAACAGGCAGAUCCAAGGAACGAAAAAAUCCUGAUUGCUGACGUCUUCUAGCACUUAAGUCUUAAAAGUCAAACUAAAGUUUAAAAUUAGUUAUAAAAAGAAACAAAGAAAGAAUGAGAAAACCGAAAGAAAACACUUCCUCACUUCUACAUAAACAUUUAUUAUGAAAUACCGAAUUACGAUUUAGCUAAGCACAAGACAUGUAUAAUUACUUACAUAUAUACCACAUAUGUUGAUAAAUGUGUAUGUAUAUGCUUUAAUUCAUCGUAGUGGAUCCAAUUUCAAUUUUCUUAUCCAGUUUGCGUAUGUACAAAAUUUUAAUGCAUCUGGCUCUAGAAAAUGUCUGUACGUAGUUUGUGUAUAACAAUUUGAAAAGUGUUUGCAUAUAAUUUCUAAUAUUGUAUAUUUUUUGACUACGAUUUAGUUUAAAAAUGCCAUCGGGUUUAGUUUUCUAAUUAAUUAAGUCAAAUUAUCACAAACGUUAUAUUUAUUAUUUUUUAAGUUCUGUUGUAAUAGUAUGCUGGGAGAUCAACAGCUGGAAAUUUAAUUUGAAAGGCUUUAAAUAAGUUCGAACCCUUUUCAACAAUAUACAUACAUAUAUUCAUAGAAAAAGGCAUAUUACUGAAUUACAUGCAUACAUUUUUGCAAAAUUAUAUUUUUCUGAAGCAUAAUAAUACUAGUUUUUAAUUUAUAGCAACUCUCACAGUAGGCGCCUAUAAUCGUGUACAUUUUUCUGCAUUAAUAUAUAAACGAGAGUUUUUCUCUAUUUACAUUUAAUUGAAUGUUUUGAUGAUGA